AUGAACCAGCAGGUUGGAGACACUGAGGCGGAUGUAGCAGAAGCUGUGGAGAAGCUCAAACAGAAAUAUCUGGAGAAGAAGAGGAAACAGUUGCCACCUUCAGAAAACUUUCCCUCAGGAACCAGUGAUGAAGCAGUACAAGGGCUCAUCUUGUCCCACAGACCCAGACAACAAAGCAAGGAGUUGAAAUGCUACAGCAAAGCUUUAAAUGAGCUGUUCAAAGCAGUUACCAACCACCCUGAACAGUUUGGUAGCGAUCAUAAUAGUCUGCAUGAGAGUAAUGAGGACCUGAGUGAGGACUUUGCAGCUGACCCACUACAGGACUCUCAGCUGUUUACAGAGACAGAUGUGACCCUUCCAUUCUGUCUGGAUAAUAGCCCUGGGUCCCAUGAAACUGAGCCAGACCGAGAGUUGCAGAGACCAAUCAACCAUUUCCCUGACUCAUGCUGCUCCUCAUCCUUGGUACCAGUAAAGGUUUAUCAGGAAAUGAUGACCAUCUAUGAACAGCUAAAGGCAGAGCGACAAGGCCAGCAGCAGUGGGAGAGGGAGCUGCAGGAACGAGAAAGAAGGCUGAAACAACAGGAGGAGGCUUUUGGGAGGCUGGCCGGAAUGGAAGAGCUGCUCCAUACUCGCAUACUGGCUGUAGAGGAGAAACACCAGCAAGAGCUCAGCCAGCUGCAGGAUCUUCUUAGAGAGAGGAGCAAAGAGAACAAGAGGCUCAAAUCCAGCUUUGACACCAUCAAGGAGCUGAAUGACAACAUGAAGAAACAGCUGAAUGAGAUCAGUGAACAGAAUAAGAAGUUGGAGAGCCAGUCCAAGAGGGUGCAGGCUCGACUCGAGAACCUUCAGAGGAAAUGCGAACACGGCAUAGCAUCUAGAGGUUGUCCGAAAGAGAGCAUUCAGAGCAUCGAGAGUAUUAAAUCAUCCAAAAAGGAGAGAACUGCUGCCCCUGGAAGACCCAGCAUCAAGGGCAGCUCCAGUCCCACCUCACUAAAGCUCCUGGCACUUUUAUUGGACUGGGUCCUUGACAGACAGACGUUCUCAUCAGUAGCAGGAAAUGGUGUCGGGCAGUGUCAGCCUCCGGAGGCUGCGCUCAAUGACAGAUGCCUCAAGGUGCUGCCGUUAUUAGCAGAUCAGCUUCAUCACACACCUUUGUCCGAACCUGACCUCCUCCUCAACCUUCUCCGCCUCAUCCACUGGGCUUUGAGACACAUGGACAACAGCACACAACAUGUAGCCCUCUCUGCCACUCUGCGACGGAUAGGAGAGGAAUUGUCUAAGCCAACUGCUGUGCUGCAAGAUCCAGACCUGCCCAAGUCCUGCAGUGUGACUGCUGGACCGCUCAGGAACUGUCCCCUUCACAGGAGCACCUGUAGUCACACGCAUAUCCUCUCCAGCCUCAUUAUCCUCCGCACCGUCACACAAGCUGACGUGUUGGCCCAGGCUCUGGACAGCCUCCACAGCGAGCUGACAGCCGAGGAGAGCCGAGGCCUCUUCAUCCACUCUGGAGGAGUGUGUGUGCUACUCAUGGUGUUAAGAGCGGGCCGUGGCUCACACACACCUAUAGACAUCCUGAUGCAGCUAACUGAACCAUCUCGCUACCUGAAUCCCUUCCUGGAGGCUUGUAGCUGUGAGGACUUUUUCCGAACAGCAUCCCAGCUCCUGAAACACCCUCGUCUGGAGCUCCCAUCACUGGAGAAGCUUUCUAUCCUUCUGCAGAAACUCUCCAGCGACAGGAAGAACCGUCGUCUGUUUGAGCUGAGCUCUCUCCACCUCCAGAUACAAGAGCUGCAUCACAAAACCAGUCACACACACACUUUCCUCUGCCUCAACCUCAGGUCCAUUCUCCACAACCUUAAAUAA